GCCAAAAACACAUCACACCACCCGUGUAUUCUCGUGCUCCUUUUCAAUAACGUGGUUUUUCAGGGUUUGUGUUCAAUGUCUAACUGAAUUCUCUGAGGUAUUUUCACGUGUGAGACUGUGAAAAAUUUAAUUUAGUAGCAGUAGUGUGUCUGACUUGAUUUCCAGAAGCAGUAAGCGUUCAUAGCUCCUGGCAUUUAGUUGGAGUUGUGCACCUUCAGUUUAAGAUAAUCUGACCCCUUUUUCCUCUGCUUGUGAACUUAAUACUAUAAAAUAGGAAGCUGAAAUAUAAUACUUUACAAAAAUAACAUUAUGAAAUCUUGAAGGAGUUACAACUUCAACAUGUUUUUCAAUCAUUGGCUUGAAGAAAUGUUUCUACAGUUUUUCAUUUCCUUGUGAGAAGGGAUGUGUUCCGGGGGGUGAGGGGGUGGUAACAAAGCAGAUGCUCUGCAGGUACAUUUUGAAUGAGUUGGGAGGGCACUGGGGACCUGUUCCGUAUGUCAGGAGCCGAGAGAUCAUAAGGAGCAAAGGUGGAAAGGAGAAAUGGAGCUGAGGAUCAUCGUGGGUUUGGACUCCAAAGUCAGGUUGUACAGAGGAAGUCAGGCAGAAAGGAGGGCAGUGACACCAGCUGCUGUUAGUUACUCCAAAGGUAGUGUCUUGCUGGAUUUCUGGUGUGAGUUAAAACUUCAAAGUACGAAAAAAAAGGAACUUCAUGCUCAUUUGAAUGGCUGUAUCAGUUCUGCCACUAUGAAGAAACUUAUGGCUCAGAAGCCAUACCUUCAGAUCCAGAAUGGGAUGACUGUGAUUGACAAAGGAAAGAAAAGAACCUUAGAUGAAUGUUUUCAGAUGUUUCAGAUCAUCUAUCAGAUUACCACUAGGACUGAAGAUAUUUUACUGAUAACUAAAGAUGUUAUUAAAGAAUUUGCUGAUGAUGGUGUCAAGUAUCUGGAAUUGAGGAGCACUCCUAGAGAAGAAAAGUCCACAGGUAUGACCAAAAGGAUGUAUGUUGAAACUGUACUUGAGGGUAUAAAGCAGUGUAAAGAAGAAGGCUUGGAUAUAGAUGUAAGAUUGUUAAUAGCAAUAAAUAGAAGAAGUGGCCCGGCAGUUGCUAAGCAGACUGUUAAACUUGCUGAAGAGUUCCUUCUUUCCACUGAUGGGGUUGUAGUAGGACUUGACCUCAGUGGUGAUCCCACCGCAGGACAUGGUCAAGAUUUUUUGGAACCGCUCUCAGAAGCAAAAAAAGCAGGUUUGAAGCUGGCAUUGCAUCUUUCAGAGAUUCCAAAUCAAGAAGAGGAGACCAAAAUUCUCCUGGGCCUGCCUCCUGACAGAAUUGGACAUGGAACAUAUCUCAACUCUGCAACAGCAGGUACAGAAGAGUUAGUGCCACUUGUUCGACAGAAUCAUAUACCUAUAGAACUUUGCAUGACCUCAAACAUCAAAACUCAGACAGUGCCUUCCUGUGACAAACAUCAUUUUGGAUACUGGUACAACAUGGGCCACCCUGCAGUGCUCUGUACUGAUGAUAAAGGCGUCUUUGCAACAGAUCUGUCGCAAGAGUAUGAGCUGGUUGCAAAAACAUUUAAUCUUACUCGGUCACAGAUGUGGGAUCUUUCCUACGAGUCAAUCAACUAUAUCUUUGCUUCGAGUGUAGUAAAAUCAAACCUAAGGGAACAGUGGUGUAAACUGAAGCCAACUCUGUUUGAUUAAUCACACUGGUGUUCUAAACAACUUGGCUGUAUUAGCUUUGUUAAUAAGCAUUUUUUACCAAAGUCCCCGGCUUUUUUCAGACUUCAGGUUUAUAAAGCCAGCUCAUGAACUGUGCCUGUGCGAAAUGAAGAUGACAGGAAUGCUUCCUCUGUUAGUGGGGCUAGAAGUAAAUGUUCUUUUGUAGCUGGGAAGGGCUCCCAACCAGUGACUAAAAUUCCAAACGUGUCAUCAUGUCGUUUCUCUCCAUUUGAUUGGACAUUUGAAAAAAAAAAAAAAAAUUAGUUGAAAUAUGUCAUCAUACUACAAACAUUUGAGAAUCACAACAAAAUAACGGCACAGCUGUUCGGGUUUAAAAUGUCUGUGUUGGCAACAUGACACUGAGCAGUUUAGAUGUAUGGUGUGCAGCUUUGGUUUUUGUAUUGUUUUUAAACAGAAGUUUUGAGGAACUGAUUGAAUGUGAAGACAAACAGACUCAGGGAGAAUGAAAUAUCUGUCCCAAAGGCAUUAAAUAUUGCAUCUGUUUUUAUUGGC